AUGAACCCCAAAGCACCACCGAAGGUCGACCCGACUGCCGAGAUAUGGAUCGGUGAGAACAGCCUCUUCAUCUUCAUUGUGUUCAUGACGGUCUUCGGCUCGCUCGUCCUGAUCCCUACUGCAUACAUCCGAUGGCGGCACAAACGAAUCAUGGAACCGGAAGUCAUCUUCAUCGUGCUUGGGUAUGCGUUUUUCCUCGCACAUGAACUCGUCUUACUCAGCCUUCAGCCUCUGGUUUACCGUCUGAGCUAUGUUGCUCUAGGCAUGAGACCAUACUACAAAGAAAUCAUGGCCGAGAGACACGAUGUGGUUGUCCUUGCCUACGUCUCAACCUACGUCUUCUACUCAGCGCUGUGGUGCAUUAAAAUCUCCCUGCUACUCUUCUUCCGCCAGUUCAUGAGGGCCCUGCCAGAGCAGCUGCGUUAUUGGAACUUGGCUUUGGGAUAUCUAGUCCUUUCCUUUCUUUUCGGCUUUCUUGCAACUCUCCUGUCCUGCGGUGGACCCCAUCAGCUUGGCCAAACCACUAGAAUGGAAAUGGAGAUGGAUGCUUAUACCAUACCCACAGUCAUGAUCUUCCCAUUGAGACUCGUCUUCGCAAUGCAUAUUUCCCGUGCCCAAAAGAUUAGGGCCGGCGCCCUGUUUUCUGUCGGCAUGCUUUGCAUGAUUACCUCGAUAAUCCGUCUCGUUCAGAUUGGCUCCAAGACUGGAGUCACAAACCCGAACGUACAAUGGUUUUCUCUUUGGGGAACUGUGGAAGCCACCACUGCUAUUGUUGUUGGCUGCCUUCCAACCUUCCGCUUACUCUUCAAGGCCCGCCCUGGAGAGGCACCUCCUAAUUACUCACUAAAAGUACCUCCAUCUAACUCAGAAUCGAGCUCAGAUCCUGCGUCUAGCACCAACAAUAAACAAGGAAAGUCCAAUUCGGAUAUCCAUUUAAACACAUUCAGCUCUGGACGCAAUAGCCGUCAUUUCGCCCGCGGGGGCGAGAUAACCGCAUCGACGGAAAAUUUAGCACCAUCCGGCAAUGGACCAAAUCCACCAGCCCAACCAUAA